UCUGCAGUUCUUUACAUGCUAUUAAGCAAAUAAAAAAAUUAAUGCUUUCUGGGCCGCUUACACAGGGAAUAGAACAGUUUUUAAAAAAUUAUUCGUGUGUCUAGUCUUUGGUAUGACCACAAACUCAUAUUAAUUGUCUGCUUAGAUUACAGAUUUGGUAACUGGCGAAACACUGGGACCCUAUCAAGAAGGUGAGAUUUGCGUAGGAGGUGCUUACAGAAUGAAUGGUUACUACAAUCUCAUUUCGCCUGACACGUAUGAUCUUGAAGGUUUCAUCAGGACUGGUGAUAUAGGAUACUAUGAUGAAGACGAAUACAUUUAUAUUACUGAUCGAUGCAAAGAAAUGCUCAAAUAUAAAUCAUUUCCAGUAAGUCCCUCUUCCAUAGAAGACGUUUUAUCUCGUCAUCCGGCUGUUAAGCACGGUGUUGUUAUUGGCGUUCCCCACGAAGUAGACGGAGAUCAUCCGAUUGCUUUAGUUGUACUCAAAGACGGCGUAGAAAUUGAUCCGGCAGAAAUUAAAAAAUUCGUCGACGACAAAGUUGAUGAUCGCAAGAGGCUAAGGGGAGGUGUAAAAAUUAUUAAAGAUAUGCCUUUAAGUCCUACAGGCAAACCAGACCGAAGGCUUUUAAAAAAUAUGGUUUUAAACGGAGGGCUGUAACCGACUGAGUACCGGAUUACAGAUUUUUAUUGUACUAUUAUAGAUCAAUACAGUUACCUAACGUUGGUUGUAAAAUUAAGCAUUUAUUGGAAGAAACGUUGGGAUAGUCUGGUGUCAUCUAGUUGUAGUGAACUAAAUUAUAUAUUUUUGAACUCACGAUGUUUCAAAGUAAAAUAUAAUUUCGGAAAAAAUAACAGUAAAUUUAAAAAUUCAGUAUAAAGUUGAUAUAAAAAAAAGUGCUUGAUGGUAGGUGAUUCCAUAGAAAGUUUAUUAGUAACCGGAUAGUACAUACAGGUCUCCCAAGAAUGGACCCAACAAUCAAAUACGGGCAGAGUAUGGUACGUACAAUUCCUCUCCUAACGUUAGGAUGUCAUUAAAGGUAAUGGUGUGAUUCCGCACCGUUAAAAUGCAAAUCGAACAUAAACUACGAAAUGCAGGCUAGUACUAAUAAUCGUCACACGUGCAACUGACCUGUCUGUGUACUAGCUGUUGCGAAGGUCAUGAGUAGGACGUUAACGAUUACAACGGGCGAUGGGAUAACGCGGCAGCAAAAUUGGCAACUAUUCUCGAUCAUUAACGACUCGUUAACAAGGCUACUUUUUAUGAAUACUUUUUACACCCGUUACGCUGUGGAACUAUCACGAAAUGAAUUUUACAGUGCCUCCAAAUGUUACCUUUCAAAUAUUUCAGAAUACUUAUCAGACAUAGCAUAUAUUUGGAGAAUGCGCUGGGCACCACACAGAAGCAACCCGACUUGAAAUUAGUUAGUGUAUUGGAUCUGAUGCGGAUCAGAAUUGCCUGAAGAUUGAUCAGAAAUAAAUCAGGCUUUCUUAUCUGGGUAUGAUGGAAAAUCG